CACAAUUAUUCAGCUGCAGCGUCACUCCGGCAGGGCUUUAUUAAGGGCAUCAUUUUAAUCUUAUUGUUGCCAUCUGCAAAUCGAGUCUGACAGGACCGGAGAGGAUUUCUACGUUUCCAAUAGAUGUUCUCUGACUCUGAAUCUUAUCUUGUAUUAUCAGAGAAGAGGAAAUCUCUCCACUUUCAGCAGACCGUAUCGCCACAACCAUCUCUAUUGUUUCCACUGGAAUUAGAAAAGGAAGAACAUCACUUUCGCAAGAUCUUAUCACAAAGUCAACAAGAGAUCUAUGGCUAAUUUUAAAGCAUUAUUUUAAUUUCGUUGACUUUUUAAGUAAAUUCAUUAAAUUAUUAGAGACAGAGAGAAGACCAUGCCAAGAACUGGAAACAAUGUUUUGUUGUAAAAGAAAUCAAAGAAACCCCUUGUGUUGAUUUAAGCAUUGUUGUUGGGAUUUCAAGAACCACCGUGAAUCUAUUUAAAGAGAGAAUCAUUUGCUUUGUUUCUAGGUUAUAUUUGUUAGUUAAAACGCUGAAAAUGAUGCUAAGCCCUGACCAGACGGACUCUGACCACCCGUGGGCUCAGUCUGACGCUGAAUCUGUGCUAAAUGAUAUGAAAGUAGGCUGCAUUUCAGACGACCCGGGAGAUGGAGAGGGAAAGAUCAGAACGAUUGCUACACAGAACCUUAGCCGGGAAGAGAAGCGCAGGAGACGAAGAGCCACAGCCAAAUACCGUUCGGCACACGCUACGCGGGAGAGGAUCCGUGUGGAGGCGUUCAAUGUGGCAUUUGCAGAAUUGAGAAAAUUACUACCAACCCUCCCCCCUGAUAAGAAGCUGUCAAAAAUUGAAAUCCUCAGGCUGGCAAUCUGCUACAUCUCUUAUCUGAACCAUGUUCUGGACGUGUAGAGAGGAAUGGUAUAGAAUAUAUAUUUUAAAGGUGGGAAUAUCGCAAAACGGUGAGAUUCAUUUUAGAAGAGAAGUGUGUUUGACUCCAGUAAGCCUAUGCAGAGUGGAAUUGAAAGAAACCCGGAGAAGAACUAAAAAUAAAUCCCCGCCAUUGCAAAUGAUUAGGUUUUCUUAUGUUGACAAACGAAAACAUUAAAUAAAUUGAA